CAUCAGAAGAAGAAGACGAAGAAGAAGACGACGACGAAGAAGAAGAAGAAGAAGAAAGUGGGAGUGUUAAGAUGGUUGUCGCUGUAACUAAAUUAAAUCUGGACCGAUUGAGAAGUUUCUGUUUUUUAUAUCCAAUGUUCCAUUUAAAAAACAUCCGUGAAUUAACAUGUUUGUUUGUUACCGUUUGUAUUUUGAUGAGCCAGUCGCUGGCAGACAACCAGGACUUUAUGGAGGAGUUUUUGAAGCGGGAAUAUUCUCUGGUAAAGCCAUACCGUGGGUUGGGUUUCUCUAGUUCUUCACAGUGGGAUCUGAUGGGCACUGCCAUGGUUACACCUGACCAUGUGAGGCUGACCCCAGACCUGCAGAGCAGACAGGGAGCAGUUUGGAGUCGAAUUCCUUUCUUCUUGCUGGAUUGGGAGCUCAAGGUGCACUUUAAAAUCCACGGCCUGGGAAAGAAGAAUUUGAAUGGGGAUGGACUGGCUAUCUGGUUAACCAAAGAUCGUAUGCAGAAUGGUCCUGUGUUUGGCAACAUGAACCAGUUCAUUGGACUUGGAAUAUUUGUGGAUACUUACCUCAACGCUGACAAGAGCCAUGAUAGGACUUUCCCGUAUAUAUCAGUGAUGCUGGGGAAUGGGACUCUGUCAUAUGACCACGAUUAUGAUGGACGGCCCACUGAGCUAGGAGGAUGUAUGGCUAUGGUGCGCAACACAAUCUAUGACACGUUUCUCCUCGUCAGAUACUCCAAAAACAGACUCACGCUUAUGGUGGACGUAGAUGGUAAGCAGGAAUGGAAAGACUGUGCUGACAUCAAAGGACUGCGGAUGCCUACAGGCUACUUCUUUGGUGCUUCCUCCGCCACUGGAGACCUAUCAGAUAACCAUGACAUCAUCUCCAUGAAGUUGUACCAGCUGACAGUAGAGAAGACUCCUGAGGAGGAGGAAGAGGAGGAGGUCACCAUCCCCAGUGUUGACAACGUGGAACAGUUCCAAGUGGAAGUCCAGGAGGAAGGAAUGGGCGGAGUCCAGUUCUUCUUCACCCUCCUCUUCACCAUCCUGGGCCUAGGUGUGCUGGCAGUGGUAGGGCUGAUGGUUUAUGGGCGCUGGAAGGAAAACAGACGCAAACGUUUCUAUUGAUCAGAGAACCAUUGAUCCACAUAGGUUUUCAGAUGUAUGUUUCUUAAUCAGUAUACAACACAACAAUGCAAAGACUGCCGUAGCUUUACUGGACCAUACAAUCGAAUUAACAACCUCAUGGGUCUGAAGCCCAGAGCCAAGAGCCGAGAUGAACAGCUGAAGAGAUCAUGAACAGGUGAGCCAGCUGUGAAAUAUUCUUUUUUUUUUUCUUCUUCUUUUUUUUGUUUCAUGUUAUGGACGAUAGAUGAGAUAAAGCUGCUCAAGUAGAUUUUUUUUGUGUUAAAAUACACUCAUCUCAACUUAAAGCACACUGAAGAUUUAACAUAUUCGCCCCUAUGAGUUUCUGGUGUCAGUAGUGGUCACUUCUUUAUCAACAGGAAGAGACAAUCAAAAACUUCAGAAUCUAUCACAGAUGCUGUGUGUAGUUUACUGACAUCAUGUUGAAGGAUUUUGUGGUACUGAAGUUUAAAGUGUUGUUACCUCUUACUGCCACUUGGUGCUGCCAACAUGCAGCUUUAAUCUGACUUGUAGCUGUUGUGAAGACCAAUCAACCUGUGGAUCAUUGUAGACUUCUUUUUGCUACACUGAAAAAGAGCUCCCAUGCACCUUAAAAGCCAGGCAAAGCACAAAUCAGCUUAAGUGGAUUUAUGUUAGCUGUUUGUAAAUGUAUGAUUGAUGAUAUAUCGCGCUCUAUGUUGUAUGUUAAAGGACGAAUCUGAGUCAGCAGUGCUCUUUGAAGUGCCUAGCAAGGACAAAUAAUGACAAGGUCUUCCUUUAUGUUCCAGUCCUUUCCGCAGGUGUGAGCUCCCCUUUUAUUUUCAAUUUGACAUCAUCAAGUUAUUUGGCUUUAUCUACUUUCUAAAGUUGCUAACAGUUCUCAGUUAUGAUAAGUGCAUGUCAAGGUUUGUCCAAAAUCAGUUUGUCACUGUUGUGCCCCAAAUAUAAUGUUUAGCACCAGUUUUCAUUUUAACAAAUGUAUCUUUUUCUGUGGCACUGAAUUCCAUCAGACCUGUUAAUAGAAACAUUUCGUUAUUUCAUCAACCAAUUCAUUUAUGAUCAUGUUGCUUUUGACUUUUGCUGUAGCAUUUACUGUGAAUUUAAUAGCCAUAUGCAGGAUCAUGUAGUCAAAUGUGAGAUUGAGUAAAUUGAAGAGUAUGUGAAUAUGAAUACUGUUUAGUUUUUUUUACCUGGAAUAUAACUGCUGCCGUCAUACAAGCUGUAUGCCUUACCCCCCAGCGUCCAAUGGAUGCGGCUGUGUCACAAUCUGGCUUUGUCAUGGCUGCCAGAAACGAUCCGCUGCCUUUCUAGCUGGUGUGCCAAUGUCCAUCAGACUGGUGACCAGUGCGUCUCACAUAUGGCUCUUUUCUCCAUUCCACUGUUAUUGUGCGCCCAGUCUAUUUUUGCAGAAGCAAUGUCUGUUGACAUUUGUCAGAGUAACAUUUAAAGAGUAACUUACCACUAAAUCCACUUUUUUGAGUUAGUAAAUUACAUGUACUGUCAUUUUAUUACAUUGUCUAUAGAUCCUUGUCCCAUUCUAAUGCGUUCAUUACAACAGAAGUUAUUUUUUCUUUGCAAAGAAAAUGCAGUAGUUCUAUGCACUUGACCCACCAAAAAUCUUUGAAAAUCUAUCAUGUCCCAUGGGACACUCCGCCUCCAAGCUACAGGGUGAUGUCAUGUUCACCUCUCCACCCCCAGCAUAUAAACAAUAAACACAGCAAUCAACUGUCAGCAGUGUGGACAGUAUAGAGUAUGAAAGAUUGAGAGUGUGAAAAUGAGAGUUGCAGUAGUAGAAAUACUACUACUACUAAAUCCAUAAGUUAGUAAAUUACAUGUAAUGUACAUGUAGAACUACUAGCUUACUAGUAAUAGAGUACAGUGUUGAUCAGGGUUACAGUGUUAGGGACAAAUUUACAGACUCCCUGCCACUCAUCCACAUCCCCUAUUCUGUCACUCUCACUCUAACAUUAAGCUAGCAGUUUAAACGGCUCUGAACCACAGUCCAUGAAGGUGGAGACAGGGGACUGGGGGGGGGUGUAACUGCUUUCAAUUUUGACUGGUGAGAAAGUUCGAUUCGUGCGAGUGAAACGCAAACAAUUACCUGCCAGAUUAGUCAGAGUCAGCUUGCCAGAGUUACAUUUGUAACUACAGUUCUAUGAACUCUGGCUGGCCUUAAAGUGGUAAUAUCGAGGCAUUAAAACAUCUAAAAAAAAGCUGAAAUGCAUCAGUUUAGACCAUAGACUGUAUAGAAGGAUGGAUGACCUGUCUCCACUUCCCCCCACUGUAAAAAAAAAAAAUAAAAAAUUUAAGCCAAAAUAUAUAUCUUGCACUGUUGACGUCAGAGUUUGCACAUUAGUGAUCAGGGUUUUUUUUAGUUUGGCCCAUGUCCUAUCCGCUAACAUGUGGGGGGGCGGGGUUUAUGACCUAUACUGCAGCCAGCCACCAGGGGGCGAUCGAGAUGUUUUGGCUUCACUUUUGGGGAGCUGUCAUGUCGUCCAUCUUUAUAUACAGUCAAUAUUUUAGACAGGAUGAGAGAGGAACAUUGGAGAAACAAUCUGACAGCUGUGAAGGGUUUGGGCAGGGGUGUGUGUUGGGGUUCAAAUACUUAUUUGAAUUUGCUAAGAGGUUGUGAUCAAACUAAAACGGGGUGUAAAGUUGCUCCUUAACGAUGCAUUUCAUUUGUAGCUUUACAUACUGUAAAACUAGCUUUUCUGAAGCACGAGAGUGAGUACUACAGUUUUCCUGGUUUUCCCUCUGCUAAUAUAUAGAUGAGACAGAGAGCUGUCUGCUGUAAUUAAAAUGAGUCAAGUACAACCAAAAAGUAUCAUUAAUGUCAGUGUCAUAAAUGAGCAUGAUAUACUUGUAAAACACAAAACAAUUUUAAAACAAUAUUGGAAAUGUGUCUGCUCAAGAACAGACUGCUUGAAGACGCUCCACUCCUGACACAUUUGCAGUGGACAUCUGACCUGCGAUGGAGAGGUGACACAGCCGCAUCCAUUGGACAUGAGGGGAUAUUCAAAUAGGCCUUUUUCACAACAGACAUUUUGACUUGUCAUAGUAGGAAAAGCACAAGUCUAACUAAUCACAUUAACCAUGGCUCUAUUAUAUUCAAGUGCCUCAGUUAGCCAUGACAGUGUGACAGUGAGCCAGCAUGCACAGGAUCCUGAAACUUAAGCAGCUAAAUGGAAUUCAGUCAUCAUUCAUUUUAUUAUUUUUAUCUGUGCUUUUCUUACUGUGACAUGUCAAAUGUCUUCCAUGAAAAAAGCUCAAAUUGGGGCCUGCAGUAACAGAAUUCCACAGAAAUUGGUGGGUUUUCACUCUGCAAAAUUUUGAAGCAAUGAGAUGUUAAGAUGUGCUCCAGUGAGAAAUCAAAUUCCUUAAGUUGAAAGAAAAUUUCAGUUUUAUGUAAUUUUUAAAAAAAGUACUCUUCCAAUUUAGCAUUGCACUCCUGUAACAUUUACAGACUCAGGAUGGACAGUUUAAAAAAAAAUCUGUAUGCAGCAGAACCAGAGAUAUAAUCACUUUUAUUCCACGCAUUAUUCUUCCUUGUCCAAACCUGGCAACUACAUUACCCACAAUGCAACUCGACCGCCACCAGUUCAGUUGGAGAUUCGGGUGUGUUAUGCUUGUAGCGGCUAAUGUAGCCUCGAGGGUUUCAGAGGUCUGGUAAGCUCAUUUUGAAACAUUUUCAAAAGUGACCACUUGAGGCAAUUUAUCAAAUGCCACACAGCUCCCUCUGGAGCCACAAAAGGCUUUAUACAACUUUUUUACAUAUGAAUUAGUACUCCCCAACACCUGUAAACAGACUUUGAUGUGUUAAAUCAGCAGAGUUCCAAUUGAACCUUGUCACCCCCCCCCCCAAAAAAAAAGACAGAAAAUCUGUACUCUUGCAGAAAGACCUGUAAGUCUACUUUUAUGGUAUUGGUCUUUGCACUUGUAUGUGAAUAAUUGUGUUGAUAUUCUUGGUUUGGUCAUAUGAUGGUGCAAACUGCACCAUAUUCCAGGAAUGGUUUAAGCUUCAGUCAGUGUUUUCUGACUACAGGCCUCUCGUGUGAGGUUUUGUACUUUUCUCAACAAACCUCAUGCUCUCACCAGGGGGGGGAAUCCAGAAGCCAAAUCUGCACAAAAACUAAUGUCAAGUUUGAUAUGUGUUUAUCUGAGCAGAAGCAUCAAGAGUACAUAAUAAUAAAUGUGUGUAUGGAUGUAAAUGUCCUUAAUUGGGAGGCUAUUGCCCCCCAAAAAGCACUCCACUUCAACUUUAACUUUCAGUUAAGUAAAAGACAUUCACAUUUUUGUUACAGUGAGAUAUUUGUAGGAGUGAUUUUCAUUCAGUUGCAUGUACUUUUGGUUCUCAGCUGUUUGAAACCAUAUCAGUCAGUCAGUUGAAUAGAAUUUAAAACCACUGUACUGUCAUUGCUAGAGUUAUAGCUUUGUCUACAAAACUUAGAAAGAAGCAGGAUUUUUUUUUUUGGUAGAUAUAAUAUUGUCCUUUUUAAAAGGUUUACUGUUAUUUCUCUUUUCCUCUAAUUGUCUAUGUAGGUGACUUUUUUUUUUCUUUACUGUAUUUAUCAUUGAAUUCACCAUGGGCCAUCAUUGGGGCAAAUGUUAAGCCAAUUCUGCUUUAAUUUUGCUAAUCAAAACCAUUGUCUAAAAAAUGUGAGUGAAGGGUAUAUGUUUAUGCUCCUGUGAUUGAUUUUUUUUUUUCUCUCAGUAAAAGUUUCUAUGGUGAUUUUGUGAUUUCAUGUGGUAAUGUAUUAUUUCUUUGUCUCACUCUAUGACCGAUUUUUAUGAAUACUUCAUACAUGCUUUAGAUGUUAAAACCCAAGACCGUCAAAUGCAUGAGAUUUGAUCUAAAUACUUACAUGGUUUCGUAUUUAGGCCCUUAUUGCACCCAAGAUCUGAAAUACAAUUGCUCUGGAAAGUAUUCAGACUCGCUCACUUUUUGCACACUAUUAUUGUCACUAUUAUUGUAUUAUUGGCACUUAAUUGUACACAUAAUAACCUAUAAAGAAGAAGCAAAAACAUGCGUUUAAUUUUUAUUAAUCCAAAAAUUAAAUCUACAUGUAUUCAGAGCCUUUGCUAUGGGACAUCUAAUUGAUCUCAGGUGCAUCCUUGGCCCCAUUUACACAUUUCAAGGGUCUUGUAUCCGGGUAAAAUCCAGAUGAGAUUUCGGACACAGUUUAGUACAAUAAAAGUUUACCUAGCAACUAUUCACAAAGAGAGAACCUAAAACACAUGAAUCAAUUGUAUUUAUGACCUACGAGCUAGACAAAAGUUUUAUCAUCACAGGCUCUCCCCUCACCCAUACAGAUCAUUCAGUGGUUGAACUGAUCAGGGAUCAGAUAAACACUACACCACCUCCUGAGGUGGUUUGAGCAAUUGGAUUUCAAUCCAUCUUGAAUGCUUCUUGGAUGCAUUUACACUUAGCUUUUUUGAGAUCAGAUAGCUAUCUGAUACGCCCAAGAGACAAAAAGUGACUAUCGUAAAACUUCAAUUAAUAGCCCGGGCUUCUGCUGCGUCUAGGCCAACCUCACGCACGCACAAAGAGCGAGAGAGCCUCAUAUCGAAAUAUCGGUAGCCUACCUUUAGAAAGGAUGAAAGCCGAAGGUUACUGUAGUUUUUUUAACUUAAUUUUAGUUUUGAUUCUUCUGAUCGGUGGGCCUUUACGGACUAAAGGGAUAUAAAUAAUCGAGGAGUGGACACAUUCAGACUUCACGACCGCUUCAAAGAUAGGGAGUCAUCACUUUUUCAUUAUUUCUGUAUUUGAAAUUCAACUGACACUGCCCUUCUUUCUAGUGGCUUUAAAUCUUGGAUUUCUUCUUUUUCAUUAGGACACACAUCCCUGUUAAUAUUCAUCUCUUCUAAACAUUCUAAUCGCUCCAAUUCUGCUUCAGGACAAAGAGCUGCCCAUGUUUUCCAAUCUCUGUUCUAAUCUCUGCCUGCGACUUGCAUUGCGCUCGUGGGACUGCAGGUCCGACUUGCACUGCCUCUGUGGGCCGCCUGUUGCGACUUGAACCGGAGGCUUGGACCCCGUAAAUCUAGUUUUCCUUUUUUUUUUUUUUUUUUUUAAUGCCAUAGCGUUUGAUUUAUUGAUUUCUGUCGGGAUGUAAAGAUAAUUUCAACAAAUAUAACAAAAAAUGCUUCUGAAAUACAUUACCAAUAGCUACCCUAGCUUUAAGAGGUUUUAUACAUCCAAAGAUCCGACAUAUAAUUGAGACCUGUGUUCGUUUGUCAAAACCUGUAGCCACACCCGGCCAGUAUAAAGGACUUGGCGUUUAAUUGAGGCUCGGCUUUUAAUUGAAGUUUUACGGUAAGUGUAAAUGGGGUCCUUAAUAAAUCUCGAGAAUUGGAUUGGAGUCCACUUGUGGCAAAUUCAGUUGAUUGCACACGAUAUAGAAAGUUUACACAUGCUUCAGAAAGGAACUCUCCAUAGACAUCCCCAAUCAUAUUGUGUUGAGGCAUAGAUGUAGGCUGAGGUAACAGAGGGCCAGAGAGUCUAAAAAUUAGCUGUGUUGCACCAUUCACUUUUAUUUAACCUCCUCUGUUGAAGUUUAAACUUCCACUAAAGAGGAAUGGUUUGCAGACAGUUAUGAGACAGGAGUCGAUGGUACCAAUAUGUCUUUUCAAUAAACUGUGUGAACUUAUUGUUCCGUUAGCGACUGAGCCAAGCUAAUCAGUUUGCUAACUAGCCGUUAGCAAGCUCUUUAGUUCGGAGAGCUCCCUGUUCAAUAACUUUUCGUUGAGUGAAAUUGUGUACAAUGGUGAAAAACAAAAUGCCAGGGGGAACUGAACAGAACAGUAGAGUGAAAAUAGAAGCUUCGGGAGCUAUUGUGAGUUACUAGCUGAUGUCCAAAUACUUGUGUAUUUGAACAGAGGAAAUAAAGAAGGCAGAUAAACUGUUGAUCAUUUCAAAUUUGUUUGCUGACACUCACUUUUUAUUAAAGCUACACUCUCAUGACAAA